AUGGCCUCUGAAAUGAUGGCUCCUCCGACGCCCAUCACUCCCAUAAGCCCCGAUACGCUGACAGGUGUUACGGCUCUUGCUCGCUUCGAAUUCGAGGCCGGUCGUGGUAAUGAGGGAACCAAGAUCCCGAUGGUUGAGUGGCAGGCAGAACAAGAUGUCUAUCAGAGAGGCUCAUGGCAUGUCAGUUGGGCUGGGAAUCGAUACAUCUCCGCAGAAGACCGUCCAUCAGACAAGAUCCAAAGAAGUUACUUCCUCUUACCCCCCGGAAGUGUCGUUCCACCGCACAUCAAACUGUCCUUCCAGCCGCCUGAAACCGAGAGAGACCACGCCUCGGAGCCUCUUAUAAAGACUGUCAAGCCACUGCCCGCCAUCUUCACGCCGGAAUUGGGUGCAACAGCCAAAGCCAGCGGCAAGAAAGGCGUUCUACAUACGAUAUGGGCGAAGAAGCGGCUACAAUCGUUGGAGAAAGAAAUACGACACGAACAAGAACACAAUCUUGAAGGAAUUGCAUUGGAGAUGGCAAAUGCGGAAAAAACCUGGAUACAAGACAAUUUCGGGUUACAGACAAAACCCUCCGCACUGGAGAUCACAUCGUCAACCUCGUCAGAUCAGCUUGCUGCUCCUACGAGUCCGGCACUGAAUCCACCACGAUCACCCAACAGUCGCAGACUGAGCGAGAAGCUCAAAGGACUCAGCCUCGGCACGAGCGAGAAAGACCUGGCUCGUGCUAAUACUCCCACGAGUGAUCUGCAUCCAUUAUCACCGGAAGUCAGCGACGUUGCGUACUCCUCGUUCAGCACCUUCCGAGGCGGUCCAGCGUCACCUCAGUCAGCUUCAAUGGCCACUGCCCCUAAGCGUGUGGUGGCACAUGCACCGCCCGCAUCAAUAUUACGGCAGCAGUCGGGUAUGGAGCAGACCUCGUCAAUGGACUUUCUGACAAGCAUGCCGACGUCCACAGACUCAGUCACCACGUCUGAUGACCCGGACGAUCUUUUCGCGGUCGCAUUGUCACCUCGAUCACCUGACCUAGCCAAGUCUCCUUUCUCGUUCUCUAGCGCAGAAGUCAGCAAGUCAAACGCGCAGAGCAAGAGCUGA